AUGAAGAUUUCUGUCUUAGCCCCGCCCCCUGUUCGCCUCAUUGGUCCCCUUACCUGUCGGCCUCUGAUAACAGGAGGUCUGGAGGUUCCUGCUGGUUCCACCUUGCUGAGCUGUGCAGUAGGAGUCGGGGGGGACGUGGUCCUCACUCCAGACUCUGAUUUGAGGGUUUGGGAGCUCAUUAGUCCAUUACUGGUUCCGGACCUGGUGGCACCGAUCUGUCUGCUGCUGGAUGUGGGUCUCCUGAGCUCCUCUGAGUCUGAGCAGAUAGCAUCACGCCGGCAGUUAGACCCUGAAACCUAA